AUUGCACGCUCCACCCUCCUGUACGCGGAGGGAUCGAUCAGGUUCUCUCCUCAUUACCUGGUUCCUCCGCCCGGCCUUUCCUGCGUCGUCGCGCGUCUCGCGGCCGAUCAACGGUGCCGAGAAGUGGAUCCCGAUUUUUUUCUGGAGUUCGAGGCUCUCCGUCGCGGUUUUGCUCGAAGGAUACUCUCAUCAAACGAGGAUGUUUCGCUCGAUCAUGCAAAAAUUGGCGUUCCUCUACAAGCCUUACGCGUUGGCCAUAGUGUCGAUCGGAUAUGUCUUAGGAGAAUUAGGCCACUAUCUGAUAGGUGUGACGAGCAAAGCGAUCGCCGAGGACCUGCAUUACGGCGACAUAUCCUGCCAAUUUAAUUCGACGACGCUGACGAUAGCCGAACUUCCGGUGCAAUGCGAAACCGCGGAGAAUUCCAGCUACUGCCGAUCCCUGGAACUGAACGGAUCAUAUUACUGCGAGUGGAAUUACAACGGCCUCGGUCUGGACUAUCAAAUCUUGGCGGGGCCCAGCUUCAUCGCGGUCUUUACCAUCGUCGGUGUUAUCCUGGGUAUCGCGGCUGACAGAUACAACAGAGUGAAGCUGCUGACGGUCUGCACUCUGAUAUUCAGCGUCGCGAUCAUCCUUAGCGGGGCCGUGACGGAAUACUGGCAUCUCGUUAUUUUGCGAAUGAUCCAGGCAGCGGGAGAGGCGGGAUGCAAUCCGCUAGCGACCGGUCUUCUGUCAGACUGGUUCCCGGAAAAGCAGCGGGGUCUCGUCAUGUCCAUUUUCAAUUGGGGCAUUUACGGCGGUUACGGCAUUGCCUUUCCGGUCGGUCGCUACGUACCUGAACUGAACGCCUGGGAUCUGGGCUGGAGGGUCUGUUAUUACGGAGCCGGAGUGAUCGGCUUAAUCAUCGCCGUCCUCACCGGUCUGACGCUAACCGAGCCGGAAAGAAAAACAAUCGGCGAGGAAACGACGGCCAACGACAGGGAACGAGUAUCGAUUUGGAAAGUGCUACUGCAACCGCGCAUUAUUCUCUUAUGCCUCGCCGCCAGCAUCAGACAUUGCGGCGGCAUGUGCUUCGCCUACAAUUGUGAUCUGUACUAUAGAGACUACUUCCCGGACUACGAUCUCGGCUGGUGGCUUUUCGCCGUCACGAUUGUCAUCGGUAGUAUCGGCGUCGUGGUCGGUGGGAUAGUUAGCGACAAGUUCGUGGCGAAAAUGGGAAUCCGUUCGCGCGUAGCGUGUUUGGCGAUCAGCCAGAUAAUCGCAACACCGGGCGCCUUCGGUUCGGUAUAUUUCAAUCCCCUGUGGGCCAUGAUCACGCUAGGCUGCUCCUAUUUCUUCGCCGAAAUGUGGUUCGGAAUAGUGUUCGCUGUCGUGGUGGAGAUCGUUCCUCUGAAUUUGCGCUCGACCACCGUCGGCGUUUUUCUGUUCGUCAUGAAUAACAUCGGCGGAAAUUUGCCAAUUCUCGUCGAGCCUACCAGAAUGGCCAUCGGUUUCCGGGAGUCGUUGUAUAUUUAUUACGCUGGUUUCUAUGGCAUCAGUGCCAUUAUGUUCUUCCUCACUAUGUUCCUAAUGGACGGCCCUGCGGAGGUGGAGAGAAAAGUGGACAAGGAAGCUCCUCCGCCGGCGUACGACAAUAGCACAUUCACUAACGACGAUGGCCAAUUGCCAACGUUGGAGCUGCCACCGUUUCCGGCGCGGCCGCCGAUCUACGAACAUUCUCGGUUAUGAGCCCGAAAGAGGCUCUUGCUCCUAAGAGUGUAAUGUAAAUAGUAUUUUGAGGUAUGUUUGGACUAAGUAUGAGUCACGUAGCUAGAGAUAUUGGCGGCAUUAACCUAUCAACGGCGAUCGAAGAUCUGUUACGAGAAGAUUGUCCUCACACCGCCGACAGUUGAUAGAUUGAAACUGAUACAAUUUAUAUUUCUUUUAUUUAAGAUGGAAAAAUACCAGACGAUAUUUGUGAUUUUUUUUUACGUCUCUCGUCGAUCAACUCGUUGAUGGGUUAAAGUUCCUCAUGCCAAGAGACUUACGAAAUUGUGCGAAGGCACGAUUUACCAAACGGCAAAUUGCGAUAAUUAAGAGCUCUGUUUAGUUUGAGCGCGGUAUGUUGCAAAACAUUCACGCGCGCAUGGCAGAUUACGUAAGGUUCUUGAUAAAGAAGUUUACAAAAAGCUUGAUAAACUCCGACAAUCUUCAAGAUGUGUUCUGCGUUCUUAAAAUAGAAGUGUGUAACAGAAUGCACCAGGUGUAAAAUUUUUAUAAAAAAAUAAAAAUGAAAAAAUUUCCAUAUAAAA